AUGAGAGAACCUCUCUGCCUCAAGAUUGCCGUCAUGGCCGAGCAAUUUGCAGAAGAUCCUGCUUGGUUUGUUGAUGUUGUUCUUCAACUAAUCACAAUGGCUGGCGAUGAGUGCUCCGAUGGUGUCUGGCAUCGUGUUAUCCAGGUUGUUUCCAAUGUACAGUCACUCCAGAGAUAUGCAACAAUGACAUCUUUCGGAUCAAUGUGCUCAAACAACCCACACGACAGACUUAUCGCUCUCACAGCACAGCUUGUUGGUGAAUAUAUCCAAAUUAUCGAUAUCAGACCAGAAGAAGUCAUCAAAGAGUUCAUUGCCAAGUACAAAGUUGCAUCUGACAUUUCCAAGGGCAUUAUUAUCACUGCUCUUGCUAAGAUUGGUGCUAAGUAUCCACCAGGCAGACCAGCAGUCUUAGAAUUCAUCCAAACUUUAACUUCAUCAACAAAUAUCGACAUUCAACAACGCGCAAUCGAAUAUAUUACAAUACUUAAUGCUCCACCACAAGUCAUACAAGCUGUUUUCAAGCCAAUUCCACCGUUUGAGAACAAGAAAUCUUCAUUAUUACGUAAAGUCAUGCUCGAACAGGCCGAAGAUGGCCUCGAAGAGGAAGAUGAAGAGGACAACAACGAAGAAGACCCAUCGAAGUUCGUUACACAGCUUCCUACAAAGGCAGCACCAGCAUCAGCAGCUCCUGCAGCCGCUCCAGCCCCAGAACCAAAGAACAACGCCGACGCAAUGGAUCUUCUUGGCCUUGGCGCUCCAGCAGCAGCUCCAGCCCAACCGAAACCAGUUGCAAAACCAACAGAUUUCGGACUUGGAGCUCCAGCAGCACCACAGAACGCUGUUUCAGACUUACUCAGCUCUGCACCUGUUGCAAUUGUUCCUGCACCUCUUAAUAACAAAGAAGCCAUUAAGAAACACUUUUUGGCAAACGACCAAGGUCUUUGUUUCGAAGAUUCGAACAUUGCUGUCAAUCUUUCGAUCCAAGUCAACCAUCCAAACGCCAUUUUAUCAUUCAAUAUACAGAAUAAGACAGGUGGAAUCCUUACAAACGUUGGAGUUCACAUUCCUCCUGUUCCUUUCCUUGCCGUUCAAUCGAAACCAGGAGCUCCUCAAAUCAACCGUGGAGAAAUGACUGUUUACCAAUUCGCUUUGAGAGUCAGACAGCCAUUUAUCGAUCCACCAUCUUAUACACUUAAAUACACAUGGAAUGAGCAGAGCCACAACGAAGUCUUGGAUUUACCUUUCAACAUUUUCAAGUUCACUGCUCCAUUCAACAUGGAUUACAACAACUUCUUCGCUCGUUGGGGACAGUUGACUUCUCCUGCACAACAGGCAACAACAUCAUUCAAUCCAGUCGGAGAUCCAACAAACCAGAUGAAGCAGAUUAUGACAUCUGUUUUGGAAGUUCCUGUUUUGCCAUUGCAAGUUCCACCAGGAAAUGUCUGCGGCGCUGGAAUUAUCAAUGCAGAAGGUGGCGUUUUGGGAAUUUUGUGCAGAUUCUUCGUGGAAAAUGGCAAAUGCAACGUUCAGAUCAACGGAACGUCACCACAAAUCACUGCUGCAGUUCAGAAGGUUCUUGAUUUAUACUUCAAAUAA